AUGCGCGAUACACCCUCCAAAUUCAUCGAGAUCCUCGAUCCAAAGGACUCACCUUUACGGUCCGAGUCUGACGUCCGUCUUGAGGAUGUCCUCGCCGACCAUGAAGCUACUAUUGGCGGUCGUCCUCGCUCCUCUACACAGUCGUCCUCCAAAACCGGAGACAAAGGCCAGCUUUCGCGAGCUGGUUCGACCUCACCCACUGCGCGCUGGAAACGGUUUAGCAAUAUGCUAGUCCAGCCGCGACGAAACUCUUGA